GAACUCGCGAGCUAAAAAACAUUCUCAUUAUUAGCAUGCUGUCCUUAGCGUUUUUGUUAUUGUGUGUCCCUGUCUGGACCUUGGAUCUUGCGAAUGGCUUCCUCAGUAUUGAUGGCGCGGCCGUCUCAUUUGAGGGUUCACCAAUUGGCUUAGAAUCUACUAGUAAAUCCAUCGAAAUCCAGUUUGAUAUUCUAGACAAGGGUGAAAAGCUGAAAAGCACUCCACAACAAGUGAGCAUCCUACUGACAGCUAAUGAUGUUGACUCAUACUACUACCCAAAAAUCAAAGAUUCCCGGGCUAAGCUGGAUAUUCCAGUGAGCAAACUCUCCAAAUAUAUUAAGCAAGGUCCCCAAAUCGAUGUUAGCGUUUUGAUUGGGGAUAAGGUUAAGGAAUAUAAUAUGAUCCGGAAAGUCGGACAGAUACACUCAAAUCUGCACUCGAGUCCCAAGCCUGAGCGUUUUGGCAAAAAACCAGAAAUAAUACACCAGUUCAAGAGCCCUCAAAAAUACGUCAACCCAAUCAUCUCUAUAAUUUUCAUCGGUGGUGUCGUUGCUUUGAUGGCGGCGCUGUUCAUCUCAUGGAACCGGCUUGAUGCAGUGAACUUUGACAACAUUGGCAAACUGCCUUGCGGAUACACUGUCCAGUUUUUCGUGUGUUUGGCAUUGCUUGAAAACAUCUUUAUCCACUACUUCUUAAGCGCAUCAAUUUUUACUACCAUCUAUAGAACUUUGAUAGUGGCUCCUGUGGGUGUCUAUGUCGGUUCCAAAGUCCUGAAAGAGCUGUAUCAGCUUCGCCAAGCAGGCAAAAGAUGAUUGAAUGCUGCCAUCACUCCUCCACAAAAGUAUUGGCCAGUUUUCUAGGUGAAUUGGUAAACAUAGAGAGCAUUCCCGUUAAAUACCAAGCGUAGACCAGUUUCCCUUCAAUCAUAGCGAGCGGAACAACGGAGUACGUUCUUGAAUCCAGAGACGCGUUAAGGUUGUCACCUGUCACCCAGACAUGACCUUUGGGAACAAUUACGUAGUUGUCAUAGCUGCUGUUCUCCAUAGGAGUUAUCUCCUGCAUGUCAUGGUUUUCCAGGCUCAAUCUUUGGAGCGAAUUUUUGGACGGGUCAAUGAGGAUUAUAUCUCCUGGCAUCCCAGUUAUUCGUUUCGUCACCAAACUUGAAGGCUCAGUGGGCUUCCGUGCCACGAUCAGGUCCCCCAUUUUUACAUUUCUGCCGUAUUUGUAUCGCUUGUCUACCACAGCACUAUCAUUGACAACAGCCAGCGUCGGCAACAUGCUCUCACCCGUAGUGUCACUCACUUCGAAAACAUUCGAAGAGAAUAUGUGCAACAGGGCGACUGUCCUUAUGGUGUAGGACAGAACUUUGCCUGCU